AGUUGGCCUUUAACCUCCCGAAAAUAUAGCACACGCUGCAAUAACAUGACAAGCCAAGGGGUGUCGCUGUCACACACCCAGACAACUCGUGCGUCACGUGACGAAAACAUUGCAAAGGCGGAAGAAGCAGCGAGCUGUGACACCGGAAGUCUCCUCCACCGUACCUGAUUAUCAACAUAUAUAUAUAUACACAUACAUACAUAUAUACAUAUCUCUCAACAAUGCCAGAAAAAGACCCGUGUCAAAAGCAAGCCUGCGCGAUCCAGGCGUGUUUACAAGCCAACAAGUACGUGGAGGCCAUGUGCGUGCAUGUCAUCCAUCACAUGCGGGAGUGCUGCAGACUGCACGCACGACACUCGGGAUGCUGCUCCGGGUUUAAACACACUUCUAAAGACUUGGGGUGAACACAAGUGGAAUUAAAAUGAUUGAUCAUCUGCAUCAACAAGUCUAGCCGCUGUUCUUCCACUUGAAAAUAAAGAGUCGUGUGUAAUAAA